AUGUUCCUCUUGAUCCUGUUGGCCAUCUACUUGCCUUUUGUCGCAGCUUCCAGCAUUAAUGAGGUAGCCACCGCUGAACGACAGCUUUUCGAGCGCUAUCACGCCCUACACGAUGCCGUGAUCGCCGCAUCGGAAGCUGUAUAUCCAUUUGGAUCUGCGCCAUGCCCCUUGCUCGAAAAAUCGCCACUUCCGCCUCGCAGUGUGCAUCAACUUCGCCCCGAAGAUGUCGAAAUCGUUGCCGCCAUCGGUGAUUCUUUAACGGCUAGCCGUGCCACCCUUGCCCAAAAUAUCCACGACCUCGACGUGGAGUACCGCGGCAGGAGUUUCAUCACGGGAAAUGAUGAGGAGUUGACCGAAAUGGCGUCUAUUUAUAACAUUCUUAAGUCUUUCCGGGGAGGAGCGGCGCUGUCCGGUGGAUCUAAGGGACAAAAUGUGGCUCACGACGAUUACACCGAUGAUUGGGGCCUCAAUUUGGCCAUAUCUGGCGCGGUGGCCAGCGAUGUUUUUGAGCAGGCCCAAACUCUCGUCGCGCACCUUCAAAAGCACCCCCGCGCUGAUGAAGCCUGGAAAUUCGUUAACCUGUUCAUCGGCUCGAAUGAUCUCUGCAAAAUCUGCACCAACUUUACACGUUUCGGCGUAGACGCUUUCCAAACGCAUCUCAACAAUACGAUUACCUAUCUACGGGAUCACCUACCGCGUACAUAUCUGAACGUCAUGCUGCCGAUACACAUCCAAUUCCUCGUCGAAACCCAUCCCUACGACCAGUUUUGCACUGAUUUCCACACAGUGACAUGCCCGUGCAUACAGAAGCUUUCCCACGACGAUUUCUCCAAGAUUAAACAAUCUUUUGACGAUUCGUUGAGUAUAUUUUACGGCGAUGCCUAUCAAACAGACACAUUCGCCGUUUCGAUCUCAGCGGUCAGCGGGCUCACCGAAAUGCCGAAAACUAAAAAAAACCAGCCGAAUUUUGCGAUCCUGGCCCUGGACUGCUUCCAUUUCUCGCGGGCCAUGCACGACGCGGUGGCGAAAGUUGUGUGGCGGAAUUUACUAGAGCCGGUCCACAAUCGAACGACGUUCCCGGUACACAGCUUCGAGGAAUCGCAGAUCGUGUGCCCAACAGAGCAUUGCCCCUACCUGCGAACACUCCGGAAUUCUGCCAACUGCCACCGUGCCGCAGAAUACAGGAAUCUCCAAGUUGAGCCCGAAACAAUGCUGGUCGACAAGGCAACGCAGCGCGAAGCUGGGUUCCCGUUUCUUGCCCUGGGCCUGAUCGGCUCAAUCGCAAGCCUAAUGAUGAUCUCAUUGGCCGUCUUUGCCGCCAUCCUGUCGAGAAGGAAAAAGAGCGUCAAAUCUACCGAGCGCACACCACUCUUGCGAAGUACCAUUUUCAGCGACGAGGAGAACCCGUUU